AAACGUGCGUUCGGCUGUUAUUAAGGGAGGCGGGAGUAAACAAAAUAGCCACGGAUGCGAACGCUCAAGGAAACUGUUAAAAACAGAUGUUAUAUAACAAAAUACUGUUUUCUUAGGUGUUAUUGUAUUAUUAAUGGAAAAAAAGUGCACGACUGAAGAAAAUACGGCCAUUGACGUUUUCGCGGAUAUAACGGAAUUUAAGCUGAAAAUUUCUUGUUGGUUUGAAUUGGAGGCUAUUGAUUAUACCAGACACAUCUGUUCCGGCAUCAGUCCAGGUUUAGCCUAGUUGGGAUGCCCUCCUGCAAGUCAACAACAACCGACAUCGAGGAAUAUCCUUAAACAGUUUUUUCAAUGGUACUUUCAAGCUGCAAAGAAAUGGAUGGGAUUGGGAAUACUAUGCAAAAGAAGGCAGCGGAGCUCGAGCGCAUGGCCGAGGUCCUCGUCACAGGAGAGCAGUUGAGGCUGCGUCUUCAUGAAGGGAAGGUUAUCAAAGACAGGAGGCACCACCUCAGGACCUACCCAAACUGCUUUGUGGGGAAAGAACUCAUUGAUUGGCUGAUUGAACACAAGGAGGCAUCAGACAGGGAUACAGCUAUCAAGAUUAUGCAGAAGCUGUUGGACCAGAGUAUCAUCCACCAUGUUUGUGACGAACACAGGGAGUUUAAAGACAUGAAGCUCUUCUACCGUUUCCGAAAAGAUGACGGAACCUUCCCCCUUGAUCAUGAAGCCAAGGUGUUCAUGAGAGGCCAGAGGAUCUACGAAAAGCUGAUGAACACCGAGAGCAACCUUUUACAGGCCAGAGAGGAAGAGGGCGGGACGUUUGAGCGAACACUGGUGGCCUCUGAGUUUGUGGAUUGGCUGUUGCUGGAGGGCGAGAUGGCCACCAGGGACGAGGCGGAGAAACUUGGGCGGAGACUUCUGGAACAUGGCAUCAUUCAACAUGUGACCAACCAGCACCACUUCGUGGACGGAGGCCUGCUCUACCAGUUCAGGAUGAACUUCCGGCGGCGGCGACGUCUGAUGGAGCUGCUAAGCGAGCGCUGCCGCACCAUCCCAGAGAGCCACGACAGCCCCUUCUGUCUCCGCAAGCAGAACCCCGAGGGAGGCAACACCAGCUUCCUGUCUGUGAGUCCCACCAAAGAGAUCAAGAUGGUGGUGGGGGUGCGUCGCAGCAGCAUGAGUAGCAGCAGUGGAGGCAGUGGCUACUUCAGCAGCAGCCCCACCCUCAGUAGCAGCCCGCCCGUGCUCUGCAACCCCAAGUCAGUGCUGAAGAGACAAGUGAGUCCCGAGGAACUGCAGACCCCUGGAGGUCCCUACAUAAAGAAGACCUUCACUAUUGUGGGCGACGCCGUGGGCUGGGGCUUUGUGGUGCGGGGCAGUAAGCCCUGCCACAUCCAGGCUGUAGACCCCAGUGGACCUGCAGCUGCUGCUGGCAUGAAGGUCUGUCAGUUUGUGGUUUCUGUCAAUGGUCUGAAUGUGCUGUGUCUGGACUACCGCACGGUGAGCAACCUGAUCCUGACCGGCCCCAGGACCGUAGUCAUGGAGGUCAUGGAGGAAGGCGACUUCUGAGGCUGGAUUAAGAGCGCUGUACAGACAACAACUGCCUCGCCUCUCUCUCAGAGCUGACACACGCAGUCAGCCUCUGCCGGCCUUCCAUUUUAGAAACUUAGGUACACUGCCACCUGCUGGGCGGUGGGGGGGGGGGACCCCGGGGAGGAGCCAGACUCCUGAUGAGUACAGUUUCACUUCUAUGCUCGGGAGUUGGACAAGACAUCAUAGAAACUCAAUAGGCCCCAUAGAGAUUAGUUUUAACAAGGAGAACGUUCCCGCCGUCAACCGCAACAUCUGACCGUGACAGUCCAGGCCGCCUCCAUGGCGACCAGCUAUGUGUUUCCGGACAUACUCACUAGCACACACCUUUGCAGUGUAUCAAGCUCUUCGACUGGGCAGCUGGGGUUGUGUCUCCUAGGAUGGUGAAUACAGGAGGGUAGGAGUGCUCCAGACAUGUAUCAUGCAUCUAGCAACUAGCGACUGCUCUGACCCCCUGCUUUUGGUUUCUGAAAGAACUUUGUGUAUUGUACUGUGUCAAUGUUGUCCUUAAAUACACCAGUGUUCACUGGCUGCACCAGUCUUCAGUCAUGAUGAUCAUUUUGCAGCUAGCCUCAGGUUAACCCAAUAUAUAUAUAUUUUAUUUUUAUUUUUAGUUCCCUGUUAGUUACAGUGCAGCCUUUGAAUCCUCUGUCUUUAUUGUGAAACAGUUUAUUGGACUGUUCUUUUCCUAGGCCAACUUCAUAGUUAAGUAGAAGUAUCAUGAAUGUUUUAUUUUAUGAAGUCAUGGUUCCCUUUAGUAACAAAAUAUGAAAGUACAAUACAUCCUGAUUUAUCCACCCUAUUUUAUAAAUGGCUAUAUAAUAUUAGUAUUUUAUGAACAUGAAUAUUGAACCUACAUUUUAAUAAAGAUCUUUGGAUUUUAGUGGGAUUUAGCACUUAAAUGAUACUGCUCAGAUCUGUAGUGUUGUUUUGAGAUGAAAAUGUUCAAACAUAGUCAGUCAAGUAUUGAUAUGACAUAGUCCUGUAUUAUUCUGUGAGCAGUCCAAUACAUGACAGUUUAGCAUUGACCAUCCAGUCAGAAUUACAGUACCAGAGUACAUUUUGUUGAACUGUGAUCACAUUCAGAAAAUGACCUAGUGCGGUAUUUCACUAUAUAAUAUAAAGUUAAAUCUAUAACAACUGUAGAUCAGUUAAAAAGUGUUUUAAGUGUCAAAUUAUUUCUAUUAGAACAUAACCUGGAUAAAGUACCUGAGAAGUAGAACAUCAUAGAUUGCGAAACAAUGAACUAAGAUUAAACUACAUACUACUAGAUGUUCAAGUGUAUGUUAAUGAUUCAUGGUGUUAGACUACCACAAGAUGCAAGCUUGCCUCGUUCCACCUGAUGUGCUUAAAUGUUUAAAGCAGUUAAAUGCAUGAGUUACUAUAUGUUUGUAUAGUGUUAGCAUUCAAUCUAGAAUAUUUACUCUAUCCAGGAAUAACAGGCAUUGGUGAAAGUUGCAUGAUGUCCUUAUGGCCCGCACAUGUUUAUUGUCCUAUAACUAAUGUUCAUGUACUGUAUGUCUUGUAAAGGAUUUGCAGAAUGUGACCAUUAAUAAUCAAGCUUGGGUUCCCAAACACAGUUAAAGCCUAUUCUUGGAUUAGAUAUCCGUACAAUGAUGUUAAUGUUAGUCUUAACUAGUUUGGGGCUCACAAGUUCCUGAGCAGUUUUUCUGUUUUAAGGAAGAAUAUUCAGAACUGAAUGCUAUCCCUGAGUCCCAAACCGACCUCUUGCCCCUACCCACACAUCAUUUGUAUUGGUAUAUAGAUGAUGGUUUAGCAAAGAGCAAAAUUAAGCUACUACACUGCUUAGAGUUCUCCAAAUGAUUUUAGAUCUACUCAAGAGUCUCGGCUAAGACUGUUUUGUUCUCUAUCUGAAGACAGAUCGGGACUCAGGGUCACUCACAAGUCACUCAUGGUUCAUAGUUCUCUGUGCAAUAUGCAACUCUACAAUAUAAACUUGAAACAUUUGCCUUAAGAACUUUGAUUUUGCUGCUACCUUGGUGGUCAUUUGAUUCUCUUGGAUCCAUCCAUGCAGUCUGUCUCUUUCUCCUGUUCUAUAAUCUCACUGACUCAGUGCUCACCUACUGAGGUCUUUCCUGACAAUCAGUGUUUCUCUGUACACACACAAGAGCACAAUGGCAGGACAGAAACUGCAGUUGCCUAUUGCUCACUGCUUCAUUUUCACAUUGGGGAUAUUGUCGACUUUUAUUGAUUUUUCUACCAAUCAUUUAAAUCACUGGUUUAAAGAGAUUGAUAUAGUGCCUCCGCACACCCCUAUAUAUAAGAUAGCACUUAUUGAAACAAUGACAUGUACGAGAGUGAAUGUCUGGGCAGAAAGACUCAAGCGCAAGGUAACAAACUUCUGUAUUUUGCAAUGCAGCUAAAAGAUGAUUCUUGUCAAAUGUAAGUUCAUACGUGUUCAAUAAAGAUACUUUAAUUAAACUCC